UAUUUCAAUCUAAAGUCAUCUUUUUUCAGAUUACAGUAAAAAUGGAAUCCGAACGAAGAGAUCUGGAAAAGGAUGAAUUUGUGUGGCUUGAACCUCCACAAACAACACAGAGAUCAGAGACUUUAGAGAAUACAGAUGAUACAGAGAAUACAGAGAACACAGAAAAUAAUGAAAACACAGAUGAUGUAAUCAAUUCUCAGGGUGCUUGGACUGGACAAGUAUGGAGUAAAUAUAUACAAGACGUUGGUAUACAUCAGGCAAAACAGGGUUCGGAGGAGGACAGUGAAGAAGAAAAAGAAAAGGAAAAAGGGAAAUGGAUUGGUCAGAUCUGGACAAAAUAUCUUUAAAGAGACAAACAAAAAAUUCCCCAUAAAAAGUUGAUGUAACAAUUAAUUUCUCAUACAAGUUGUAACAAUUCAUUCCCCAUAAAAAGUUGAUGUAACAAUUAAUUCUCCAUAAAAAGUUGAUGUAACAAUUAAUUCUCCAUAAAAAGUUGAUGUAACAAUUAAUUCUCCAUAAAAAGUUUAUGUAACAAUUAAUUCCCCAUAAAAAUUUUAAGUAACAAUUAAUUCUCAAUAAAAAGUUUAUGUAUCAAUUAAUUCUCCAUAAAAAGUUUACGUUUCCCAUGAAUAAAUGUAGAAUAAAGUUA